UCUCUCUACCCCUCCCUGUGUCGCAGAGGCUGAUAGCACUUCGGCGCUCUUCGUCCUCCACUUGUCGAACACCCACAGGUGCAGGCUGCAGCGAUCCUUGUGGGCUCCAACCAGAGAGAGGGGGAGGGAAGAGGAGGGAUAGAGAGAGGGAGCGAUGCAUUCGAGCUCAUCCAUAGAGCUAUGUUGAGAGCUUUCCAUAUAUAGAACGUGCCAUUCCUUUUUUGAGUUCUCAACUCCUCUGGACAAAAUAGGCCGAGUUCCUUGCAGGUAAAUUUGGGCAAAUGUAGACAAAAGUGCAGAGUCUUUUUUUCCUAAUCACAGAACAGAGCGAUUUCAUGAAUAUGUUAGCCUCUGGCUCUUUCUCUCCUAUCACAUUUUCUCUUGUCCCUCUCUCCUCUGCCUUAUCUGAUUUCAGUGUUCAUGGCCAAUGCUCCUCUAGACAUUGGAGCUCCUUCUUCGUGGUACGCUUUCUUCUUUGCGUUCCCACAUUUGGGUUCUCCUCAUUCUUCUCAUCUUUUAGUUUUUACAUGAGUGUUUUGAGUUUGGGCUUUUGGGUCUAGUGCAUUUUUUUUUUCUUCCGGCGACUAAUAGGCAGAUUGAGAGAUUUAGUAUUGUGUAUUUUGUGUGUGUAUGUGCGCGCGCGCGUGUUUGUUUGUUUUUUUUUCGUGCAUACCUGUUCCCCACCUCCUUCUUUCCCCCAUAUUUCUCGAGCUUCAGCUCAUUAUUUUUGUUAAUUUGGAAGAUAUUUCCCUAUUUUUUUCUCUUGUGGUUGUGCUUCUCUGAUUGUUUUUCCGAUGCCUUUAAAUUUCAGCUUUUGGGUUUUCAGAGAUUCUUUUUCUAUGUGAUGACAAAGUAGAUUCAAGAUUCGGAUAUAUAUUCUGUUUUAUCUAAUUGUUUAGGAGCUUUAGCUGAUGGGUUUUGUUGCUUUUGUAUUUUUGAACUUUAGCAUUGCAGAUUCAGAAGUAUAUGUAUUGUUCAUUCUCUAAUUUUACUUUUAAAAAAAAGAGUGUCUAAGCUUUAAGAAAUCUGGGCUUACACUUUUUGGGGAUUUUGUAUUCUGAUGCUGUUACAAUCAAACUCCAAAAUAACGCAACUGCAAAGGAGAUGAGUAAACCAAACGAAAAGAAACACAAGGCGAACACCAUGAUUUACUGUGUUCGUCUUUGAAGCCUACAUACAUGGGCAAGGGAGGAGAGAAAUUUUAUAAUGGAUCAAAUGAAGGCACAGCUAUUAUCAGAAUCUCACGAUGCUCAAACCCUAAUCCUAGACAUUCAUAAUCUCAUGUAGAUGAAAAAAUAAAUUGUCCAAACCCUACAAGCAUAUGUAUGACUUGCAAAUACGAAACAGAUUGCUGGCUAGAGUCGGGUCUGUUCCAACUCUGCAUAGCGACCUCAUAAUAGGUGACAUGCAAUGGGCAGUUUGCCUCAUGGGCUCCACUUCGGCACCCCCCCCCCCCCCUCUCUCAGGAAGGGCCCGGUAUCAGUUGGCUUGAGGCAUAAGAAUUCAAGAUAUACUCAACAAAUGCAAUGGCAGCGCAGGGGAAGUGGUGAGGCUUCUGGUGACAAACCAGAAAAUGCACCAGAAGAUGGCAAUGAUCCUGUAGGAUAUACAACACUAGGUUCUCUGCUCUCUUCAUCUUUUUCUGCCCAAGAUUUGAGAUGUUUGGAUGUGGAAAAGGAGAGACAAGAUGUGUCUUCUCCUAGGGGAGUUUUAGAGGGAAUCUUGGAAUCUGAAAUGGAUUCUUCCAAAACCAAUUCAUUUGAAUCCGGAACUCAUUGCUCAACUUCAAGCUCACUUUCUCAUUGGCGUGGAUUCUUCAAUUUGUGGAAAAGAAAGUCAAUGAAACGGUUACCAACCUUCCCUCCUCUUGUGCCAAAGAUAUCAACACGAAAGAGCAGAAGUGCAAGAGAAAAAGCUUCUGCAGAGCUGAAUCAACCUGAGGAAGCAAAUUUUUGCUACUUCAAGUCAUCAUGGAAGAACUUCACACUCUCUGAUCUCCAAAAUGCAACAAACAAUUUCAGCCAAGAAAAUUUGAUUGGAAAGGGCGGUUAUGCUGAAGUUUACAAGGGGUGUCUUCAAAAUGGGCAGCUGGUAGCAAUUAAACGGCUAACCCGAGGAACACAAGAAGAGAGGAUAGCAUGCUUUUUAUCUGAAGUUGGCAUUAUAGCCCAUGUAAAUCAUCCUAACACUGCAAAGUUGAUUGGGUAUGGAGUUGAAGAAGGAGUGCACCUUGUCAUCCAAUUAUCUCCACGUGGGAGCUUAGCCUCCGUUCUUCAUGGUUCAAAAGAAAAACUAGAUUGGAGUAUUAGGUAUAAGAUUGCUUUAGGGACAGCUGAUGGCCUAAUGUAUCUUCAUGAGAAUUGUCAAAGGCGAAUUAUUCACAGAGAUAUCAAGGCUGAUAAUAUUCUACUGACAAAGGACUAUGAACCUCAGAUUUGCGAUUUUGGGCUCGCGAAGUGGCUGCCAAAACAAUGGACUCACCACAAUGUGUCAAAAUUUGAAGGAACAUUUGGUUAUUUUGCUCCUGAGUACUUCAUGCAUGGUAUAGUAGAUGAGAAAACUGAUGUUUAUGCUUUCGGGGUGCUUCUUUUGGAGCUUAUCACUGGACGCCGUGCUUUGGAUGAUUUACAGCAAAGCCUUGUUGUUUGGGCAAAGCCUUUGCUAGAUGACAACAAUAUUAGGGAGCUUGUUGAUCCUGCACUUGGUGAUGCAUAUGAUCCAGAAGAAAUGGAUCGUGUGGUCUUGACUGCAUCUUUGUGCAUCGAACAAUCUCCUAUUCUACGGCCUCGAAUGAGCCAGGUUGUCAUACUGUUGAGAGACGAUGGUAAUAACCACAAGUGCGCAACAGAUUGUCAGAAGCGGAGACUACGAAGGACAUACUCUGAAGAGCUGCUGGAUGCUGAAGAAUACAACUCAACAAGAUAUCUGAAAGAUCUUGCUCGGCAUAGGCAGUUUGUUUUGGGUUCUUGAGGGCAAUGAAUCAACCUUUGAACUAUGGUAAUUUUAGUACUUAGGCUUUCAAAACUCAUGGGCAGUUUGGAAGCCCCAUGGAAAUCAGCUCACUAAAAUUUGUUUUGCAUGGCAUUUGAAAGCUUCAGACAGACCAUCCUUUAAUAUCAAGCAUCCCAAAAGAGGAAAAAAAAGGGUUGACCAUGAUUACAUAGAACAGUAACCUUUUGUGGUUUACUUGAUAGCAUAAAGCCAUGAAAUAUGAGAUGGAUUUCUUCCAAAUGCCAUGUAAAACAAUACUUCAAUAAGUUGAUUUCCAAGGGACGCCCAAAAACCCUUAAUUUUUUCUCUUAAAUGUAAAUGUGGUUCAGAUUAUUUUUGACUUCUUCAGUUUUGAACUGGUUAUUCAUUCAUUCAUUUGAAAAAAAAAAUCGCAAAUUCAAGUUGCA